AUGGCCACUUCAGUUUACUCUCAUGUGGUUAAUAUUUCUAAAAGUAAAGUUCUCAUCAUUUGGCUCGAUGAAGACAUCGGUAAACCAGGCGCAUGUGAAGAUUUGAAGAAAAAAUUUCCAGAGACUGUUGGAACUAUUGUCUAUUUUUUCAAUAGUAUAAUCAAAUGCCACAAGUUCAUUCGCGAAAAUAAUUUUAAAAAAAUAUUUUUAAUUGUACAAGGUAAAUUAUUCGAACAUAUUUUGACGAUACUACCAACAACAGCCGAACUGAUUUCUAUCUAUUUAUUUUGUUUCGAUCCAGUGAAAUACGCUGAGAUGUUCAUCGAAAAUAUGCAUGUGCUGGAGGGCGGUAUAUAUUAUGAUGAUCAAGUUCUGUUGGCUAAACUGGCUCAGGAUGUCAAAACAUACUUGAUAGAAAAAGUUCAUGUGAGUCGUCAGGAAGAGAAAGAAUGUCGGGAAUGGAUUGAAGUUCUUAUCGAUAAUAUACAGGAGCUCAAAACACUAUUUUACGACAGACAUCCGGAUGAACCCGAAUUAUACGGCAAACGAUCAACUGCAGACAGAAUAAAAGAUGAAUCUAUAGUUCUAGAAUUGAACAAUUCAGUCAGUAAUGUUGAUGCAAUAUGUUCUGUAUGGCUGAAUUUGCAGGGAGAAGCGCCCCAAAGAAUGCUAGACAUAGCACAAACUGUUGGCAUUUGUCCCAAGUAUUUUGAUAAUACAAACAAUUGUCUACAGUUUAUAAACCAGACGCAAAAAAAAAGAAUUUUAUUAAUUAUUUCAACUAAUCAUUACGUUCCAGCGCAACUUUUGUCCUCGGUUUAUCAAGUCGGUUUAGUUUAUAUAUUGUGUGCGAAUGAGCUUAUCUUCGAAAAUUAUCCCAAAGUGACGGGCAUAUUUAAAAAUGAAACUUUGCUAAUCUCAACGGCCGCAGCCGAUAUCGCACUAGAGUACAAAAAGCUUGGAGACAAAUACUGUGAAGAGCACGAUGCUGCCAAAGCACGGACUUGUUAUCAACAAGGAAUGGAAAUCUAUCGAAAACUGGCCAAAUAUGUUGAAAUGAAUAAGAAGAAAAAAUAG